UCCCCACUCCCAACUCACCCCACCAGUGUUUGCUUUUCUCCCGGAUCCGGAUGAAGGGGCUGGCCUGCCCAUGCCCUGCCCUGCCCCAGUUCUGGCAGCUGGGGCCUGACUUCAUGGCUGAAGGCUCCCGGACUCAGGCUCAUGGGCAAGCAGCCCCUCUCAACAUUCAGGUGCUGCAAGCCCAGUAUGAAGGCUUGAGGAGGCUACAGAGGACCCAGACCCACCGCAUGGUGCUCCCAAGAGGAGGGAACACGCCUACUCCCGCUGAAUCCAUGACCAGUGCCGUCUGGAUCAACAAGGAGAGAAGGAACUCGAUGUUGCUGGAGGACGGAGAUCCUGAGGUGGAGAGGAUGCUGGAGGAGGCAGCCCGAGGCCAUCACCAGGCCUCUGAGUCAGCAUGGCACACACACCUAGAGAUAUAUCGCUUGGCCCAAACUUCCUACCAGGAGUAUGAUCCUGAAAUGAAGACCAAGGGCCAGUUCCUAGGGUCUCAGCAUAGGCUCCCUCCAGAAGGAGACCUGUGCUUGCUGGAAAACAACCAGCAAAGAACCAAAGCUCCAGAGGAAGCCCCAUGUCAAUGUCAGCUGGGCGGUACCCAAACAAAGGCAGCGGGAUGCAACUUUAAAACCAGCAUCCAGGGUCUUCCUUCUUUAAAGAACUCACACCGGCCUGGCAAACCAGCUCACUACCCAUUUCCCCAGAGGAAAACUCCCAGGAUCUCCCAAGCAGCUCGGAACCUGGGCUUGUAUGGCCCUGCCUGACACUUCCUACCUACCCAGAUGUUCUAGCUUGGGACUCAUCACAG